CCCUAACGUGUACACCACAUGCCCAUAACCCCCAGCCAGGGCCACACCUCGCAUAGCAUCCUAUAUAAGCACCCCCACUCUCCCCUCCCAAUCUGUAGUUGUGGUCACAAAUCUAAUCAUGGCAAAUACAUUUCGAAAUAGCAACUCCGCCGCAGCUCGGUCGCAGCCCAGCCGGCUCCAGCGGCGGAGACCAGCGUCCUUGCAGAUCAGUCCAGCUUCUUCUUCUUCUUCUUCUUCUUCUUCUUCUUCUUCUUCUUCUUCUUCCUGUUGGAAAGUUGCGAUUCCUCUUUUGUCUCCGCUUGUUAGUUCGCCUACCGCGAUGGACAUGAAGUCUCGGGAGGAUCCGCAACCACCGCCGAGGAGUCAGGGAACGGAGGGGGAGAAGCCAGUGGUGUUCACGAAGUGGCAGCACCCGGCGGCUCCUUUAUGUUACGAGCCGGCUAAGUUUAAGCCCUCGUUUUCUGUGCCUGUAUAGAUUUAGAAAUUAGAAUGGAUGAAUGCUGAUUAAUUAUCAGAGAGUACUGGUCUUAGUUGAGGCCCUUUUUUUUUAUCUUAAAAAAAUCUAAUUAUACAUACUUUUUUGUUAAUAUUUAUCAUAUACUCUAUGCCAUCGUUUUUUUUAUUAUUUUAAGCACGAGAAAGUAACGGAUUUGUGCAUAAUUUUAUUACCGAU